AUGGCGGAGCUGGUGCCGUUUGCAGUUCCAGCCGAGAGUGUCAAAACCUUGGUGGUGUGGGAUCUGAGCUCUGGGCCCACAGCCGAAGACUUGCAUCGUUCUUUGUUCACAGUAUUCUCCAAGUUUGGCCUUCUCUAUUCAGUCCGCGUCUUCCCAAACGCUGCAGUGGCCCGUCCUGGCUUCUAUGCCAUCAUCAAGUUUUAUUCAGCAAGGGAUGCUCACAGAGCCCAAAAGCCAUGCAACCGGAAGCAGCUCUUCCAAAAAUCUCCAGUGAAGGUUCAUCUCGGCACCAAACAUAAGGCGGUUCAACAUCAGGCACUUGCCCUAAACAGCUCUCGAUGCCAAGAACUUGCAAAUUACUACUUUGGUUUCAAUGGGUGGUCAAAACGGAUACUCAAGCUUCAGGAUCUUUCUGACCUUGAAGAAAGAGAAAAUGAAGAUACAGUGGCAGCAGCUCAGAAGCAAAGGGUGAAGUUCUUCUGUGCUCUAGAGGUGGUGUUGCCAGCCUAUGAGUGCAGGAGUCCUGGAGUUGGCGUGGCAGAGGAGCCUUUGGAUAAGCUGGAGGAAGGGCCAUUAUCUUUCAUUAUGAAAAGGAAGAUAACCCAGAAGCUUGCCAUCCAGAAGGCUUUGUCAGAUGCAUUCCAGAAACUGUUGAUUGUGGUUUUAGAAAGUGGUAAAAUAGCUCUGGAGUACAGACCCAGUGAAGAGAUCAUAGAUGUCAGAACCGAAGAACUACAGGAUUUAAUUCACGUCAGUUAUUCCUGCCACAGGGAGGAAGAAUGUCUGGAUUUCAGUUUGGAGGAAGAGGAGGUCUGGCUGCCAGAAACUGACUAGCACUUUUGACUAUGCAGAGAGGCUGGUGAAGCAAUCUGUCCCUGUGGCUGGAGCCUGAGGGCAGUGAGAGGGGGACUGAAAGAACCCGAAUCCUCCCUUGCUUUCAGGGUGAGGAUGAGGGAGGGGAUGUGAAAUCCUGUCACCUCUGCAGAAGGAAAGCUUGGGCCGUGGUGAUUCUAGGAAAACGGCUCACCCUAGUGGCUUGGAACUGGUUUCUGAUGCAGCUAAAUAAAGGUGGUGCGUAAACAAGGGUGUCACAAAUAAAGGGUGGGGCACGCGGUGGGGAGGGGCACAGGGUUGCUAAUGGUUGCGCCUGUGUCUUGAUGGUUCAUAACGGUUCGGCUCCGGCUAAGAGCGCGGCGCCCCGUACCCUCCGAGUGUCAUGUCCGGGUUCUGCCUCUGGGCCCCACCGCUCCACCUCACGCCGCAACCACUGUGGCUUCCGGUCCAUGCGACACUGCUUCCAGAGUGGGCCCAGAAUCUGGUCCAGCCGACGUCUGACCUCCCCCCCAGGGCUGACUGAACCCUAGUCUUUGCCCUCCCCUGAUAUCCCACCUGAAUUGUACCCUAUGCUUACACCCCGGCCCCAGUCAGGGGGCUCUGACUACGUGGAGUUCGCGGCUCCAG